AUGUCCAAAAAUCUCGCCAUCGUCAUCUGUCACGGCUCGUACCACUCUCCCGCCCCAUAUCAACCACUGAUCCACGCCCUCAAGUCGCGCGGUAUCGACGCCUACUGCCCCCAGCGACCCACUUGCGACCUCGCCAACCUUAACGUCGGCAACGAUAUCCACCACCCGGACUUCGAUCGUCCGCCCCCGGAGUCCGGCUACCCCAGCGACACGGAAGACGUCAAUGUUGUCCUCGAUCUCGUCAAACAGCUGGUCCGCGACGGUAAGCGCGUGCUACUCGUCGGACACUCCUCCGGCGGCUGGGUCGCCAGCCAGGCGGCCAUCCCCGCGGUGCAGGCUACCGCGGGCCAGACCGGCGGCGUGAUCGGCAUCUUCUAUAUCGGAGCGUUUGUCAUUCCGGUUGGGGAGUCGGUGCAUAGCUUCUUCCAGCCGGCGGGUGGGGAGGUCAUCGCGCCGCCGUUUAUGGAGUUUCAUAAACACGGUCCUGAAGGUCUAGGGACGAUAGUAGAUGCUCCGCGCUUUCUGUUCAACGAUCUCGACGCCGACGAUGCCCAGAAGUGGACGGCGACGCUGACGGCAUCCCCGAUAAUGACCACUCCGCUCACCAACGACCCUUACAAAACGCUGCCGUGUGCAUAUCUCGUGCUGGAGAACGACCGCACACUACCCUGUGAGUAUCAAGAGAAGAUGGUGGAGUUGCAGACGCAGGCAGGGGGCACGUUCACCAUGUACCGUGCGCCGGCGGGUCACUCGCCGCAUCUAAGCUGGACGGAGGGAUUGGUGGAUCGGAUGGAGGCGUUUGUGGAGGGUCUGAGGGAUGGGCAGUGA